UACGUAUGGGGCUGAAGUUGAUGUUACUGUUGAUAUCGACAUGCGUAUCUGCUAACCGAAAUGAGUCGACUUGCGCAGACUUUGGCUAUGAACUAAUUCAAGCCAAGUUGGAAUAUUUGGAGUUUCGUUUUACAGAACUGUUCGUCCAACUGAAGGAACAAGACGAACUCUUUGCCAACAAUCAGCGCCGUAUCGAGUCGGAGCAAAAUAAGAUGAACCGAAUGGUUGAUCGGCAUGAGCGCAAAAUUGUGAAUCUGAUAGAAGGCAUGAACCAUGCAUUCGGCACCAAUGUCAGUGUCAUCACGGAUCAAUCGCGGCAGAUCCUGGAGUUGCAAACAAUUUGUUCCAAUCAUGACCUCAUCCAGAAAGCAUUGAACGAUCUUCGACCCAGGAAUGGGCUGCCGUUUUGCACGGAGGGCCCCGCACAUGCGUCGGUGCUUUGCAGAAUGAUGAUAGCCGAUCAACCAACCACUGUUCAAAUGGAACGACACCGUUUCGGAGGUGACUGGCUGAUGGUUUUGCAACGGUUAGACGGUACGGAAACGUUCAACAGAAAUUGGACCGAUUACCGCAAUGGGUUUGGUACUCCCGGCAGAGAGUUUUGGUUGGGACUGGAACGGUUGCACCAGCUGACGAAGAACUCACCGUAUGAAGUGCUGAUGGAAAUGGAGGAUUUUGCUGGCAACUAUGGAUACGCUCGGUAUAGUAAGUUCAGUGUUGGCUCGGAACUGGAGCAGUAUUCAGUCAAAGAACUGGGUACGCAUAGUGGAACAGCAAGCAAUUCGUUCGCGACACAUAAAGGCAGAACUUUUUCGACUGCCGAAACUGGAACUUCGAAAGACUGUGCCAAGACCUACACUGGCGGAUGGUGGUACUAUCCCGGUGUGUGUUAUGAUACUCACUUCAGUGGAAUAUGGAGUAAAAACAACGAUUGGACAUCAAUCGUGUGGAAGAAGUUUGGCUCUCCGGACAACCUGGGACUAAAGUUUGCGCGAAUGAUGAUCAGAAAAAUUUGAAUAAGUGAUAAAAAUGUAUGAGCAUGGGUUUACCGAAAAGUUCAGUGAUACCUAAGUUCAAAAAGUUCAGUGAUAUUUAAUAAAAUUAAUUGGAAAAGCAUUUAUGAAACUAUGUUGGUAAAUUUGACAUAUGAUGAUCGUACACUCCGUGUUGUCCGGAGCAAAACCGAAUGUAAUGUCAUAUUACAGGUCGCUCGUUCUGGGCCACCAAUGUUGAUUGAAACAGUUCCAGCAUGAUAAGUUUUGAAAAAUUCAGAAUUUUGGAUAAUGGAAUUUCAAAGAUGAGAACAGUAGGAUCACAGGACUUAAGAAUUCUAGGAUUUCAAAAUUGAUUGAAAAAUUGGGCUUCGGAAUUAAAAAUUAAGACAAAUAAGACAAAUAAGACAAAUAAGACAAAUAAGACAAAUAAGACAAAUAAGACAAAUAAGACAAAUAAGACAAAUAAGACAAAUAAGACAAAUAAGACAAAUAAGACAAAUAAGACAAAUAAGACAAAUAAGACAAAUAAGACAAAUAAGACAAAUAAGACAAAUAAGACAAAUAAGACAAAUUAGACAAAUUAGACAAAUUAGACAAAUAAGACAAAUAAGACAAAUAAGACAAAUAAGACAAAUAAGGCAAAUAAGACAAAUAAGACAAAUAAGACAAACAAGACAAAUAAGACAAAUUAGACAAAUAAGACACAUGAUAUCAAAGCAUUCACUGCCACAAUCCAACACGUGGCGGAAGAAUUUUCAAAAAAAAUAUCAAAGUAGCUUUU